AUUUCAAAAGUAAAGCAACAAUGCUUGCCGGCGUGCGGCGAGUUUAGAAUUUCGACUUGUUAUUUGUAAUCAUUGUCCCGUUUAGUUGAACAUCAAAUCGUGUAAUAAUGGAUUUAAACGAACUGCUGCAGCAGGCACAACGGCUCAACAAUGAAACGAAAAUGGACACCGAAAUGCCGCGCGUGGAGCGCACACUGUCCCAAGUGCUGCAAGCCACGCAGGAAAUGCAUUCGCGGGUUACUCAGGCGGGCACAAAUGAUUUGCAAGCUCACAUAUUGAUGGGAUCGCGAGGUGUCGAUUUGCCAAAGCUUACACAAAAGUUGGAAUCGCUAAGCGCGCGAAAAUCCUUUGAGCCACUGAAUCCCCUGGCCGACACUGAUGUGGAGGGAUAUCUGAAGAACGAGCGCGAGAACGCUAUAAUUGCCGUCAUCGAGGAGACCAACAAGAAUAUCUUCAGAAAUGUGGAGCGCAUACGCAUGUGGCGCAUGUUCGCGGAGUGGGGCGAGGAGAAGGAGCGUCUGCUUAACGCGCUAGUUGGUCCCAAUCAAGAAGACUUUCCCGAUGUGCAUCGUCAAAUGGUGCCCACUGUGCUGCCGCAAGACGCCCUGCCACGUUCCCGUCUCAAUCGCAUGGAGGCGAUUUAUGCGCAUGAAAUAUGCGCCUACAAUCAAAGUGCCACAUUCCAGUGGAAGCUGCAAGGCCAUCGUCCCAAUCUGCUCACCAAGCUAACCCAGCUGGCCAAGGAGACGCUUAGCAAUCUGGACAGUCAGGUGCACGAGAUGUGGAGCGUGCUGUCGUACAUGGCCAAUGUGUCGCCAUUGGGUCGCAGCACAGAUCCGCUCAAGGCGCGUCAAACGGGACCGCAAUUUGUGCAGCAAGCGCUGGCCUAUUUGGAGAAAUGCUAUCGUCAAUACAUGAACACCGUCAUCCAAAAGAAUCGCCUCGUUGGACUGCGCGGCGGCAUUCCCAAUGUCUACAACACUGUCAGCUCCUUUGUGAGCAUCACAUUUCAGCAGCCUCAGUCUUUGGUGGGCCUCCUCGAUGUCUCCCAUAACCGACCCCUGUGGGCCUUGGUUUAUUACAGUUUGCGCAGCGGUGAUUAUGCGGCUGCUGUGCAGUUCCUCAAGGAGGGCGGCGUUUGUCCGGAGCUAUUGAAGCUGCUGCAGCACAAGCAACAGCAGCAGAAGUUGCAGCAACAGCAGGCGGGGCAUCCGCAGCAGUUUGGCGACCUGGAGCGACCGCAUGCCAAGUUUGAGGGUCAGCUGAAGCUCGAGUACAACAACAAGCUGCGCGUCUGCACUGAUCCCUACAAGAAAGCGGUGUAUGCCAUUGUGUUGGCCUGUGAUCCGCAAGAACCGCACCAGGAGGUUGUGCGCACCAUCGACGACUUUUUGUGGAUGCAAUUGUCGGUGCUGGCCACAGAUGAACGUCCCGACUAUCACAUCGAGCGUUUGAGCUACGGCGGCCUGCAGUCGUUGAUCCUCGACAAAUACGGCGAGAAUUACUUCAAUGCCCGUGAGAAGACGCCACUGUACUUCCAGGUGCUGGUGCUGACCGGACAAUUUGAGUCGGCCAUCGAGUUCUUGGCACGCACCGAUGCGAAUCGUCCGCAUGCCGUCCACAUGGCCAUCGCCCUCAAUGAGCUCGGGAUGCUGGGCACACCGGGCAGCGUUCAGCAGCCGCUGCUCAGCGCCGACUCGGAUGAUCCGGCACCGAUGCGUCGCUUGAAUCUGGCCCGUCUCAUCAUCAUGUACACGAAAUGCUUUGAACAAACGGACACCAAUGAGGCGCUGCAAUAUUAUUAUUUGCUGCGCAAUUUCAAGUCACACGAUGGUCGCAAUCUAAUGCUUAGCUGCAUCUGUGAUCUGCUUGUCGAGAACUGCGACGACAAGCUGCUGCAGCUGAUCUUUGGCACAUCCGAUGCCAACGAUCCGUGGACGUUCAAUGGUGGCAUCUUCACGCAGUUCCCAAACAUGGCACAGGACAAACAGGCGUUGGCCAGCAUGGUGGGCGAUGAGCUGUCGCAACGCACCAAAUUCGAACUCGCAAUCAAGCUAUACUUCAUUGCCGGCCAGCUGGAGCAGGCUUUGCGUUUGCUCUGCUCCCUCCUCACACAGGUGGUGCAUCAACCGUCGCGUCCCGGCAGCAUGCGCGAACAGCUAACAGCGAUUGCGGAGCGCAUGAAUCAUGCGUUGGCACGCCGCAAAAUGGAUGUGGACGAACAUGUGUUGGGCACAUAUCAAUUACUCUCGCAACUGUUGAAAUUCUUCGACUAUUAUCAUGCCGGUGAAUCGCGUCUGGCCGCCGAAGUGUUGGCCAAACAUCGCAUAACACCCGACAACUGUCGCGAGGUGGACAGCUGCGUCAGCAGCUUGAAGUUGAUUGGCUCCGAUAUUAUCAAAGUGCUGCCCGAUGUGCUGCUCGCUGCCAUGGAUCUGAUACACGGCGAAUAUCAGCGUCUCAAGGGCGGCAAUCUGUUGCAAGCGGACAACGAUAACAGCAGCAGCACCAUCAGCGAUAAGGAAGAGUUGCUACAGCAGCUGCGACAGCGUGCCAAGGCGUUGACCAACAUGGCCGCAACGUUGCCCUAUCGCAUGCCCUCCGACACCAACAAUCGUCUCGUGCAGCUCGAGAUAUUGAUGCACUAAGAGAGAGUUGUUUCGAGAUUUGAAU